AUGUCCGUCACCAAGACUUCAACACCUGGGUUAGAAGUUGGAACUUCCCUCUCGCACUUGGGCUUUGGCAUUCAUUGGCAGCCAAAGCUGAUGGCUGAAACGAACCCCUCUUCUCAAGCCAAGGCGCUAUUGGUGGACCCCGUUGAUCAUCUUCCGCUCCGUCUUCUCCGAUCUGACAUCAUCCCACCCGCCCCUAACCGAUCCGUCUCCACCAUCGACUGGUUGCCGGACUUCGCAGGCCACCCAUGGCUCGCAUAUGGAGCUUCCUCUCUCCUGGUAAUCUCUCACUUCCCUUCCCCUCUUUCUCCUCAGGAAACUCGCAUCGGACCUGUUCUCCGUCAAGUCUUCGAGCUCUCGGGCCGCCAUUCAUCUCCGGUCGCUGCUGUUUCUUGGUCUCCCGUCACCCCUUCUGUAGGGGAAGUCGCUGCGGCAGUGGAUAACUUUGUGAUUUUGUUCUCCAACGAUUCGGCUAGUGAAGGUUCUUUUUGUUGGAGCCAGAGUGCAGUGCUGGUACAAUCCACAAAUGUGGAGGCAAUCGCAUGGACGGGGUCUGCUGAUGGGAUUAUUGUGGGCGGAAUUUGCGUUACUUUAUGGAGAAGGAAGAAUAAGUCGUGGGAAAUAGCUUGGAAGUUUGAGAGGGAUCUGCCUCAAAAUAUGGUUUCAGCUACUUGGUCUAUUGGUGGUCUUUUCGCUUCUGCAGCAUGUCCGAACGAACUCUGUUUUGAUGGACACAACAGCAGAAGCACGUCUGUAACUGUAUGCUACCCAACUGGUACAUCCGAGUAUGCAAAAACUGAGUUGCACCAUCCCCAACAUGUUUUACUGAUUCAGUGGAGACCAUUAGCUGAUGGGCAGUUAGAUAGUGAUGCAAUGUACUUGCGGAGGCACAUUCUUCUUACUUGCUGCCAGGAUGGGACGGUGAGGCUGUGGACUGAGGUGGAUAACAGAAACGUUAGGAAGUUCACCAAAGACAAUUGUGGUCAGCAUUCUCAGUGUAGAAAUUUCAGCGUUGCUGCUGUAAUUGAGAUUAACCAAACCCUGAACGGAAGCCUUGGUGCCGACGUCUUUUUACUCUGGGCAACACAGAUUAAUGGUAUCUGCAGAACUCCAGAAGGUGCUAAUGAGUUCUAUUUUGAUGGAGACAGUAAUGAUAAAGUUGGUGCAUGUGAGUGGUUAAUUGGGUACGGGCCGGGAACAUUAGUUACUUUUUGGGCUGUUCAUUGUCUUGAUGAUAUCUCACCCUUAAGGUUUCCUCGUGUUACACUCUGGAAGAGGCAUGAGUUGCACGAUCUUGAAGCCGGACAUCUUGCUAGGGAUGAUUUUGCAAAUUCCAAGGACGGGCUACUUCUUCGUAAUGUAGUUUUCUUGCGACACCACUUGUAUGCUCCUCCAAAUGUAUGCUCUUUGAUUCAUUUUUCACCCUGUGGUUCCUUUUUCUGGUCCAUGCUAUAUGAUCAACCAGAAAAUGCGACAGAAAAUGGAUCUUCUGACAAUUUCAGAGUACAUAACCAUAUACCAAGUUCAUCCAGUAGCUUUUCACCCAUAGGUCAUGAGGGGAAAAUCUUACAGUUGGCUAUUCAUCCUCAUAUCUAUGAAGUUGGACUUGCUGCAUCCUUAGAUUCAAAUGGCUUGCUAAUAUUUUGGUCAGUUUCUGCUGUGCUGAACGAAGAUUUUGGUCUUUCAACACUAAAUCCCACAUGGAAGUUUUGUGGAAAGCUUACCACCCAUGCUCUACGAGCCAAAUACACGAGCCUAAGAUGGGCACCUUGUUUUUCUGGUGAAGAGUGUUUACUUCUUUUGGGCCAUGCGGAUGGGAUCGACUGCUUUUUAGUUAAGUUGUCUCAAACUGGAGAUCAAGAGAUAAAGUGUCACUGCAUUUGCAGUAUACCCUUCAGUGGUCGACGUGCUCUUAAGGAUGAUCCCGUCGAGGUGUUCUCAAUACCUCUUCCCUCUACAUGUGAGAAGUCAUUCAAGUAUAAGAAAUUCUUGCUUUUGGGAAUAUGGAUGAAGGAUUUUCAAGCUAUUUCAUGGGAAGUAACUUUACAUUCUUAUGAUGGUGCAGAAGAAAGUUGUGAAUGUAAGUUCGAUGAUAGAAAUUCUGAAAUGUGUGGAUGGAACUUCCAAAGCACAUUUUGUGAAAGACAAUAUCGUCUUGGUGUAAAUCCUUGCUCUUCACUGUUACCAGAGCAACACUUACAUAACCAGAUAACAAGUUGUUCCAUAGCAUGCCCUGAUUAUUUGAUUCCCAUUUUUGAAAGUCGGGGAUUGAAUAAUAAUUCAUGCCCUGAACCACCUUAUGUCAUGGCUACCGGCUGCCUCGAUGGAAGUGUGAAACUGUGGAAAAGUGUAUCUUGUGAACAGUCAUCGACCUUUGGCAUACCAUGGAAGCUUGUGGGUGAUUUCGUUGCCCAUGAAAGCCCUGUUAGCACUAUAUCUUUGGCCGCUAAUGGUAGCAAGAUUGCAACAUCCUGUGGAGGGAAUCAAACAGAUAAUACCAGCAUUAUUCAUGUAUGGGACGUUAUAUGGCUUCCUGGAACUGGCAUGUUCCUGUUAGAAGAUAAGAUAAGGAUUGUUGAAGAUGUCAUUGCUCUAAAUUGGCUAGCUUUAGGCAAUGGCCAGUAUAUUCUUGGGGCUUGCGUGCAGAAUGAGUUGCUGGUAUAUGCACAAAAGCGAUCAGUUAGCCAUGCUUUGUUGGAUCAUAGGAAAUCCUUGGACCAGAACAGCUGGUCAUGCAUUGCAGUUGCACAUACAUUCGCUGCUAUUUGUGAUUUUAUUUGGGGGCCUAAGGUGUCAGCAGUUGUGGUUCAUGAUAAUUAUUUUGAUGUAAUUAGUCACUGGUCAGUUCUUGUGGAUAGUGAACCACAGGCAGACUCCUGUCAAAGUUUAAGUAGGGAGAAGUAUCAAGUCCAAAAAGAUAAAGACAGUCCCUGCUCUAUAUUUGUUGAUGAUGACAUUAGUAAUGUUGGAGAACUAUCAAGCGAAAAGGUUAGCAGGAAAGAUCUGGCAGACAAUAUGAAUUUGACCAAAGGUCUGCCUGAGCGUGGUUCAAGUAGCAUUUCUGGGUCUUGGCGCCUUGUAGACAUAGCGGAGAAGUUGAGGGGAUAUUUACCAUCUCAUCACCCAGAGGUACUCCUAACCAAUAUCUAUUCAGGAAACUGGAAGCGCGCUUAUGCAUCGGUGCAGCAUCUUGUUGAGCACAUUGGUUAUACUUCUGAAACAAAAUGUGGCACUGCUAAUCUUGGUCACUUUGUUCCACUAAUCCCUUUGUCAGUUUAUUUCGAGGGACAUUUGGCAAAAAGUUCGACUGAUACGGGAUGCCAAUGGACCUCGGACUCAGCCCUACCUGCUUCAUCUUCGCAGGCCUUUAUCUUCAAUUCAGAUUAUGUUACUCAAAAUAAUAUGAUUAGUUCAUCAUCCUCAAAAUCUGAAUUUACUAGUUUGGUUGAGACUCUGGAGCAGUCGUACGAGUUAGCAGCUCUGACUAAUCUAGAGAAAUCGCAAAUCAUUGCUAUCAUGGACCUUCUUGGUGAAGUUAGGCAGUCUAAUUCUGCUUAUCACAAUCUGGACGGGCCUGGACGCAGAUUUUGGGUUGCUUUAAGGUAUCAGCAACUGCAAUUUUUCCGAUGCUUUGGUAGAUUACCAUCUCUGGAGGACUUGGGUACUGAUGGUAGGAUGAUAAGCUGGGCCUUCCAUUCUGAUUGUCACGAAACGUUACUGACUUCUUUUCUCCCUAGCGAUCCAACAUGGAAAGAGAUGCAGGCUCUUGGUUUUGGAUUCUGGUUUAGUAAUGAUAGACAACUGAGGACAAGGAUGGAGAAGUUGGCCAGAUCACAGUACCUGAGAAAGAAAGAUCCCAAAGAUUGUGCUCUUCUAUACAUAGCAUUGAACAGACUUCAAGUCUUGGCUGGUCUCUUUAAAAUUAGCAAGGAUGAAAAGGAUAAACCGUUAGUGACGUUUCUAUCACGCAAUUUUAAGGAAGAGAAAAAUAAAGCAGCUGCUUUGAAAAAUGCUUAUGUGCUCAUGGGAAGGCAUCAACUAGAGUUGGCUAUUGCCUUCUUUCUUCUUGGAGGGGAUACUAAUUCGGCAAUCACAGUGUGUGCUAAGAACCUUGCGGAUGAACAGCUGGCUCUGAUAAUUUGUCGGCUUGUUGAGGGAAGUGGUGGCCCAUUAGAAUGUUACCUAAUAACAAAAUUCAUACUGCCCUCGGCUGUUGAGAACUGCAACUCCUGGAUUUCAAGCUUACUUGAGUGGAAGCUGGGCAAUUAUUUGCAAUCUUUCCUAAGAAUGGUUGAUUUAACAAUGGGUUUCACAGUUGAUAAUCGUUCAUUUUGGUCCAAUCAUGUUGCUUUCAAGGACCCUAGUGUCGGCUUAUAUUGCUCCUUCCUGGUAACCAGAAAUAGCAUGAAGAAUGCCAUAGGGGAGCAAAAUGCUACAAUUCUCAGUAGGUGGGCAACUUUUCUGGAAGCCACUGCCUUCAGCAGAUGUGGCCUCCCUCUUGAAGCUUUGGAGUGCCUUUCAUCUUCUUUGAAAUUUUGGGGCAUGGAUCAAGGAAGCUUGUCAAACGGUGGUCACUCUCAAAAUCUAGAAGAACUUCCAGCACCAUUCGCCCAUGAUCCAUGUAACUGGCUGUCAAGUGAUGUGGCUUUAUACAUGGCAUCUAUUAGUAAAUUGGAUUUGUCUCUUCAGUACCUGUCAAAAUUGACUAGGGAGCAUCCCAGUUGGCCUCAGACUGCUCCAGAUUCUGUUGGACGUCCUCAGCAUGACAAGUCAGCGGAAGUUUUCCAGCAAAAGUUAUAUGAUGGACUUUCCAAGUUUGAACAGAAGUUCUCUGUUAGUUCUUCUUCUGCAGCUCAAAUGGUUGUUGUCUGGUUGUGUAAUAAUGGUUUAUGGUUCGCUGGAUGCGAUCUUUUACUCAACUAUGCUUCUCCAAAUCAUGUACAAAAUAAGACAUGUGCAAUUGAUGGUUCCAACUUGCAGCCCGUUGUGUAUAAUCUACUCUCCAAAGCUAUGGAGGGUACUUCCCUUAUGCUUUCACGGUAUAUCGUUUGCUGUAACUUCAGUUGCUUCCCACAAAGGUUUAGUAGUUGCACAAGAAAGGAGGGAGCUGUUGAAGUUACACCUGAACUUCCGUCUUUCCUGAGGUUGUACCUUCAAGGCAUCACAGAGACAUUGUACAGUUUAAGAUCUGCCGUUGGACAUCUUUCUGGCUGCUUACCUGUAGACUUCACAAGAUCUCUUGUCAUUCUUGAUUUGUUCGAGUAUUUUGUGCAUUUUGCAUCUGCCUGGUUCCAGCGUAGCUCAAAAGGUCUUCUAUUGAUGGCUCAACCUCUCUUGAUUACCUGUACUGAUGGUCAUACUCCUUAUGAACUAGACACAAGAAAUCUCAAGAGCAUUCUCCACCACAUCUCAGAGUUGUUGGCUUCCAAUUUAUCCACCAAUGAUUCCGCAUUAGGGCAUGAGGAUGCAAAGCGUGUUCCAUACAAUCAAGUUGGUGAGAAAGGGCAAACGUUAUCAGAAGAUGAAAAAUGGAUUCUUAUUGGGGGUUGUUUAUGGCUGCACAUGUCCAGAUUAUUGAAGCAUAAGUCGCAAGUAUUGUCCAUUAAUCUUGAUGAUGAUUGUUCUGCUUUUACUUGUGGCCAAAUUUCUUCCUUGUUAUCUGGUGUUUCACGAUGUGGAUCUGAUCGAAGCAGCAUCAGUGAACAAACCAGAGAAUUCUCGCCAGCAUUGGCCAAGUUACUCAAUGCCACACUCGUAUAUAUCUCAUCUUUACAUGUGAAACUACUUGGAGCAUUCCUGCAACAGGAGGCUAAGAAGACACUGCAGGUGCCGCUUAUCAUAUGGUUACAAGAAUCAUAUGGAUCUGAAGCUAAAAUCCACUAUCAGGAUGUUAGUGCAGAUGUACUGAACAGUAAAAAUGAAGCAUACAUGCUGGAAAUAUUGUGGAAUUCCUGUGCUGAUCCUAGAAUGAUACAUGAAGGUUUUGCCCAAGAAAAUUUGAAUUUUAAGCAAUUUUCCCAUCUUAUAACAUCUAAAAGUUGGACUGGUUUGCAUAAGGGUAUCUCAGAGGACCAUGAAGUGAUAGGGGUACCGGAUCAUGAUACCAACCUUAGCAGUAUUGCAGUUAAUGAUGAAGUUGAAUUCUCUGCUAAAGGACUUUUUAUGAAUUUCCGUACCCUGUUGAGUUCCUGGCAGAAGGACGCUGCCAUUACCAAGAAGGUUUCAAUUUUCCAAAAUCCUCGAGAAGUACAUAGGGGAGAGGGAGAGCUUUUGGAGGCACUCUGUACAAAUGCCAUUAAUGAAGGGGAAGCUGCACUUGCCAGCAACCGAAAGGGGAUACUUUUCUUUAACUGGGCUGAGCAGAAACGCUCCAGAGACCAUCCACAUUACAUAUUGUCAGAGGUUGAUUGGCCACCAAAUGGGUGGGCAGGUGCAGAAUCAACCCCAGUUCCAACAUUUGUUUCCCCUGGUGUUGGCCUUGGGAGAAAAAAAGGAGCUCAUGUUGGAUUGGGUGGGGCCACUGUUGGCCUUGCUUCUCUGACAAGACCUAGAGAUUUGACAGUUGGUGCAGCUAUAAUUGGUGCUCCUGGUUAUCCUGGUUUAGCUGCCUCUGGAUUGGGUUGGGAAGUUCAGGAGGAUUUUGAGCUGUUAGCAGACCCUCCAGCCACUGUGAAAAAUAUCAGCACUAGGGCUUUCUCCAGUCAUCCCUCUAGGCCUUUAUUCUUGGUUGGUUCCAGCAAUACGCACAUUUACCUUUGGGAGUUUGGCAAGGAAAAAGCUGCUGCCACGUAUGGGGUACUCCCUGCUGCAAAUGUUCCUCCUCCAUAUGCUCUUGCGUCAAUUUCCUCUUUGCGGUUUGACUACUGCGGGCAUAGAUUUGCCUCUGCUGCACUGGAUGGAACUGUUUGUACUUGGCAGCUCGAGGUUGGAGGAAGGAGCAACAUCUGUCCAACUGAAUCGUCUCUCUGCUUUAAUUCCCAUGCAUUGGACGUCGCGUAUGUUGGUUCAAGUGGAUCAGUGGUUGCUGCGGCUGGGUACAGCUCUAAUGGCGUCAAUGUCGUUAUCUGGGACACCUUAGCUCCACCGACAACUUCUCAAGCAUCCAUCAUCUGCCAUGAAGGCGGUGCUCGGUCAAUCUCAGUGUUUGACAAUGACUUCAGUAGCGGCUCCAUUUCUCCCCUUAUUAUAACGGGUGGAAAAAGUGGUGAUAUUGGGUUGCAUGACUUUCGCUACAUAGCCACUGGAAGGAGCAAAAGACACUGGCAAUUCGACAGCAGCAGCAGCUCUAGUACAUUAUCAUCAGGGGAGCAGAAUCAGAAGGGGAUGCUGUGGUACAUCCCAAAGGCUCACAUGGGAAGCAUCACCAAAAUAUCAAUUGUUCCACAUACAAGCUUGUUCUUGACGGGGAGCAAGGAUGGUGACGUGAAGCUAUGGGAUGCCAAGGCAGCCAAGUUGGUUCAUCACUGGCCGAAAUUGCACGAAAGACACACUUUUGUUCAGCCGAGCUCCCGAGGUUUCAGCGGCGUUGUUAGGGCGGGUGUUACGGACAUACAAGUGCUUCCCCGUGGUUUUCUAUCUUGCGGAGGAGAUGGAUCGGUGAAACUGGUUGAGUUGACAGAUCCCAUUCUCACCCAGCACCAGUGGGAGGCUCCAUGA